GCGCAUCGCGGUCUUGUUUUCCUCUCCUGCAUGAUGAGGCGGUGCGUGAGGCGCCAACGCAUCCAAGCGGGCGGAGGAGGAGGAGAAGGAGGAAGAGGAGGAGGCGGCUAACGGGCAGAGCAGACAGCCCCUGUCCACGAAACGCACGCAGCUCCUCAGAAACAAGAGGAAGCAUGAAGAGCAGCGAGGCGCCGAGGGGUACAUUUUCAUCUGCAGAGGACUGAGUGGAAGCCGCAGCAUGGCGGGGGGGCGGAGGGGACUUGUGGCCCCCCAGAAUACUUUUUUGGAAAAUAUUGUCAGACGGUCGAACGUUUGGACACAGCCACAUAGACAGACAGAUAGCAACUUUGUCCUGGGGAAUGCUCAGAUAGUGGACUGGCCCAUCGUCUACAGCAACGAUGGCUUCUGCAAGUUGUCAGGGUACCACAGGGCGGAGGUGAUGCAGAAAAGCAGCACCUGCAGCUUCAUGUACGGGGAGCUCACCGACAAGGACACGACGGAAAAAGUCCGACUAACGUUUGAGAAUUAUGAGAUGAACUCAUUUGAAAUCCUGAUGUACAAGAAGAACAGGACGCCGGUUUGGUUUUUUGUGAAGAUUGCUCCAAUUCGAAAUGAACAAGAGAAAGUGGUUCUGUUCCUUUGUACGUUCAGCGACAUCACGGCUUUUAAACAGCCCAUUGAAGAUGAUUCUUCCAAAGGUUGGGGGAAGUUUGCCCGACUGACUCGAGCGCUAACAAGCAGCAGGGGAGUCUUACAGCAGCUACAACCCACAGUUCACAAAGGAGAAAAUGUCCAUAAGCACUCCCGUCUAGCUGAGGUGCUGCAGCUUGGCUCUGAUAUCCUACCUCAGUACAAACAGGAGACCCCCAAAACCCCUCCUCACAUCAUCCUGCACUACUGCCUCUUCAAGACCACAUGGGACUGGGUCAUCCUCAUCCUCACCUUUUACACCGCCAUCAUGGUGCCCUACAACGUCUCCUUCAAGACGAAGCAGAACAACGUGACCUGGCUGGUGGUGGACAGCAUCGUGGACGUCAUCUUCUUGGUGGAUAUCGUCUUGAACUUCCACACAACGUUCGUGGGGCCCGCCGGCGAGGUCAUCUCGGACCCCAAGCUGAUCCGCAUGAACUACCUGAAGACCUGGUUUGUUAUCGACCUGCUCUCCUGCCUGCCCUACGACGUCAUCAACGCCUUCGAGAACGUGGAUGAGAAUUGGAACCACCGAGCUGUCACCCAAGUUUGUUUUCGGCUGGAAGGUGAACGUCUGCUUCAGUGUCAGGGGAUCAGCAGUCUGUUCAGCUCUCUCAAGGUGGUCCGGCUGCUCCGUUUGGGUCGGGUCGCCCGCAAACUGGACCACUACAUCGAGUACGGGGCAGCCGUCCUGGUGCUGCUGGUCUGUGUUUUUGGGCUGGCGGCGCACUGGCUGGCCUGCAUCUGGUACAGCAUUGGAGACUACGAGGUGAUUGAUGAAGAAACCAACCUUGUUCGCAUGGACAGCUGGCUCUACAUCCUGGCUGAGGCGAUGGGCAGGCCCUACCGCUACAACGCCAGCGGUUCAGGGAAGUGGGAGGGCGGGCCCAACAAAGACUCCGUCUACAUCACCUCCCUGUAUUUCACCAUGACCAGCCUGACCAGCAUCGGCUUCGGCAACAUCGCUCCGACGACGGACGGCGAGAAAAUCUUCGCCGUGGCCAUGAUGAUGAUUGGAUCCCUUCUUUAUGCCACCAUCUUUGGUAACGUGACAACCAUCUUCCAGCAGAUGUAUGCCAACACUAAUCGUUACCACGAGAUGCUCAACAGCGUCCGGGACUUCCUCAAGCUCUAUCAGGUCCCCAAAGGCUUGAGUGAAAGAGUGAUGGACUACAUCGCCUCUACCUGGUCCAUGUCACGCGGUAUAGACACCGAGAAGGUGUUGCAGAUUUGUCCAAAAGACAUGAGAGCAGAUAUUUGUGUUCACCUUAACCGCAAGGUAUUCAAAGAACAUCCAGCUUUCCGACUGGCCAGCGAUGGGUGUCUCAGGGCUCUGGCUAUGGAGUUUCAGACGAUCCACUGCGCUCCUGGUGACCUGAUCUACCAUGCUGGUGAAAGUGUGGACAGCCUCUGUUUUGUCGUGUCUGGAUCCUUAGAAGUCAUUCAGGAUGAUGAGGUGGUGGCUAUUCUAGGUAAGGGAGAUGUUUUUGGGGAUGUUUUCUGGAAGGAGGUGACUCUGGCUCAGGCCUGCGCAAACGUCAGAGCGCUGACCUACUGCGACCUCCACGUCAUUAAGCGUGACGCUCUGCAGAAGGUCCUGGAGUUCUACACGGCGUUCGCCAACCACUUCUCCAGAAACCUGCUGCUCACUUACAACCUGAGAAAGAGGAUUGUCUUCCGGAAGAUCAGUGAUGUGAAGCGGGAGGAGGAGGAGCGACAACGGCGGAAAAACGAAGCCCCCCUGAACCUACCUCCAGACCACCCGGUGCGAAAACUCUUCCAGCGCUUCCGGCAGCAGAAGGAAGCCCGCAUGGCGACCCAGAAACAGGAACUCAACGAACAGGACGUUGAGAAAGGUCCGGUCUACGUGGACGUACUGAUGGCCAAAGCUCCUGUCACCACCACCAGCAUCGUCACGGUAACGGAAAGCCCGGCGACGCCCUCCUCCUCGGCCCCUUCGCCCUCGACGCCGGUCAGCUGCGCGUCGGCAGACAAGGCGAAGCUGCAGGUGCCUUCGCCAGUUUCUUUGGCAGCGUGCCGACCUGCUGAGCCGGUCAAAGUCAAAGGCUGGGGCCGCUUCAAGGAGUCCAUGGCCAAAGCAGAUAACUGGAACAAGGUGGCCAAAGCAGAGUCCAUGGAGACUUUACCAGAGCGGACCGCCGAGCGCGAGCCGCACACGACCCUGAAGAAGACGGACUCGUGUGAUAGCGGGAUCACCAAAAGUGACCUACGCCUGGACAAAGUGGGCGAGUUCCGCAUGACUCCUCAGGACCGCAGUCCUGCCCAGCCCCCAGAAACCAGGCAUGCCUUCUACCCCAUCCCAGAGCAGACUCUUCAGGCCUCGCUCCUGGAGCUCAAGCUGGAGCUCAAGGAGGACAUCAAGAACCUGAGCCUCCGAAUGUCCGGCCUGGAGGCGCAACUCGCUGAAGCACUUAACCUCCUCCGAGCCAGGAAAUCGAGUACUGGUUCCGAGCAGCCUCUUUUUGACAUUUCCAGGCCCGCCUCACCGGAGCUGGACAAAGAGGACAUUUUUUCAUGAAGGAAGGACGGAAGGCUCAUCAGGUAACGGCAAUCCAUGAGCUCAGCUGGAAUCCAGUAAUGUUACGGUUGCUUGGAUCGCUGAGGCAGUGCGAGGAACACCGUGCGUGUUUAGGCGUCACUGCGGUCUGCGAGCGCCGCCCGACCUUUGAGGUGUGCCUGCUAGUUAACGCAGGACCGUUAAAAAACACUGGCGUAGCACUGAAAGCUUGAAGGGUUACAUAACAAAUGACAGAAAAAGUUUGUACAUAAUUUAUUUUUCCACCGUGCCAUGUUGGAAAAAAUGACGUGCUUAGUUUGAUUUUUAUCUCAGCCGCAGAACCUACUGCAGAAUCGUAACUGUUGGGAUGCCCCAAUGGAGGCAGCAUGACCCGCUGGUUUGUUAUUGAAUCAUUCGUAUGAAACUCUUUGCAUGUCAUAUAAAAUAGAUGUGUACCUCUCACUGCAGAAGGGGGCCAUAUUUGAUUAAUUGAGGCGGCACAGCAAGUCAUUUGCAUUAUUUCAGUCAGAACGAGCAGACUAUCCAGAUGUUGAAACGACCUCACAGUUAUUUCCUCAGACAUAUUUCUUAUUAAAAUCUGCCGGGAUCAUUAUGAAUUAUACAACAGAUGACUCUGGCCGGCCAAUCUGAUUUGCAGCAAAAAGAAAAAAAAACAUGCUCUAGUAGAGCUUACAAUGUCAUUUACAUAAAGCACUAAUGGAUGUGCUAGAUAGAAAAUGAAUUUAAAUGCUAACUAGUGAGCCUGCAGUGAGGAAGUUAUCCAUCUUUGCUGAAGCCUAGCAUUUGUUUAUCUCAUCUGGGAAUGCUGCAGCCAUAUACAUGAUCCGCUGUUUUGGGAAGGUUAUGCGUUUUUACCGUUGGGGAUGCGUUCAGUAAUUUGAUGAUGGAGGCUGCAGCAUUUGUUGUGGGCUCUGCGCCUUACCUUCUUUUGGAAGUCUCAUGAGCAUCGUAAGGAACGCCCACCGGUACAAUAUUCCUAAAAUAAUAUGUGCUGACAUGUAUUUAUCCAAAAAUAGGCUUACAUAACGUUGCAUAAACCCACUGGAUAAACCUGCAUCUGAUAAUAGUAAGUCCCUUACUUAAAGUGUCAGCGCUUAAACCCGCUGCUGCAAUGCAUGGUCCAUGUUUCCUUUCCAAGCUCAACUAGUUCUGCAUGAUUCUCGUUAUUUUAGAAAAAUCAAAAGACAUUGCGUUGCUGUCCAAUAGUCCAUAAUGUCUCUUAAAUUCCCCCUCUGAAGGUCUUUAUUAUGACUGGGCAGAAAUCAUUCCAUGCCUCAAAACAAUACUUACAUCUCAUUCCUUUUUGUUGGAUAUAUAACCUGUUAUGAAGAAAGCUAAGAUCAGCUUCUCAUGAAACUAUAGAACAGUGCUUAUUUUACCGUCGAGUAUCUUUACCAUUUUAAUAAAUAAAGGCAAAGCCUUUAGUUUGGUCUUUUUGAGCACAGACGCACCAGAUUUAAAAGUGUGUUUAAAAUGCAGAAUUUUAUUUGACGGACAACUCAAAGACGUCUACUUCCAAACUAGCUGGUGACCAAAGCUGUUUUCUCAUCACUGUCUGACAUUAAAUCAGAGAUAACGGUUCAUGCCUUAGGUCAGUUAGGAUCAUCAAAUUAUUUCUAUUUGCUAAAUGCCAUAUUUUCUUCCAGAUAUGACCUUAUUGCUAAUGGAGGUCUGAUCCCUUCCUGAUGUCUUGCCCGAUUUGUUUUUCCCAUGUAAAAGAAAUCAGGCAUAGCUCAUUAGGAAGACAUGUGUUUGAGGCGUUAAAUACACACAGAGCUGUGCCUCCGUUUCAGUCAGUGACUGUCAAUCAACCAAUCAGCAGCUUACAACGCCAUGACAUCAUCAUUUGGGUUUUCACAAAUAGUUCACAGGCAUUGUAAUCUUAGUACUAUGCCUGUAAUCUAUGCACUCUAUUGAAUUUGAAGAAAGUCAUCUUAAGAACCGAUUAUUCUGGCAUUUAGCAAAUACAAAUAAUUUUGGCAACCCUUAAUGGAAAUAAACCUGGAAGAUUUAAGUCCAAUUUAAUGUGCGAUACUCAGAAACACAAAGGCGUGAAUGGUUUUAUACAGUUUAUGGAUCGAUUUGGUUUUAGAUGACUAAUUCAAAACAGAACAUGAGCAGCAUUACAAACUUCAAGAGCACGCACGACUGUUUGCCACUGAUGCAGCAUGUUGACUUUACAUUUUGACAUGUUUAUAUUUGAUAUUAAACGAGGGUCAUGUACAUAUCCCAGAAUUAUUGUUAACCGUGCAAAGUCAUAAAGACGCCACAGCAAUGAUUCUGUCCAUUUUACUUUAAGCCUGCACCCGGCCGUCACUGUAUCUUGUUGCCAAAACACAAGUCGGAGGAUUACUGUAACAUAAUCGGAGCUUGAAUUUAUUACCAGCCAUUCUUAAUUUGACAUAGUUAUUUGUUUGGUGGAGAUAGUGUAGAAAUUUGUUUUACUCUUAAACUCCACACAGCUCCAAACUGUCUUUUUAUAGAGACCCGCUUGGUGAAUUAGAAUAUUAUUCAUUAACUCGAUUCACUAAGUGAAACACAUUAUAUAGAUUAAUUGCACACAGACUGGUGUUCUUGAGACCAAUUAAAAACGUUUUUAUUACAUAUGUGGGCUUAAUGAAAAGUAUGUUUAACAUCCGCUUAAUGGUGGUUUUCUUCUUACUUGUAAUCUGAUAAACGAGUCUCAUUGGCAGCAUGACUAUGCUUUUGAGUGGCUCCACCAACAAACGCUAUCAUUUUAUACUCUACUGCAUAACUACAAAGAUUUAAAAGUAUGCAUAACAGAACUAUAGAUAUAUUUUAAACAUGAGAAUGUAAAAAAAAGAGACUUAAUUCGGUUCAUAUAAAACAUAUUCAUCAAAUGUGAAACAAUUGAGAGCCAAGAAGCAAUAUAUAAAACAUGUUGAGCCUUUAAUGUAGAAUAAUGAGCUAAACCUUUACUCAAAACCCUUUAAAAAUUGACAAGUGGAAGAGAGUUAAAUAUUAAUUAGCAAAUGUGUUGAAUUUUUGAACAAUCCUGCCAUUUUUGGCACAUAAUGAAACCCAUAAUAGAUGCUCUGUAGUCAGUGGCAGAUCUGUAAUAUAUCACACGCUCCUAACAAAUACUUUUGAGUUGGUUUGUAAUUUACAUUUUUGCUGGAUCCAACUUCAGUUCACUUUUAAAGUAUUCUUAUGUGACCACAUUUAUUUUCCACAUGGGUAUUUAAUGUUCCAUGCAUGGUUUCUUUUCUCUUCUUUUUUUCCAUUUUAACGAGGCACUAGGCGAGCUGAGAUGGACACGGCGGAGUGGAAAAGCAUGCCGAGGUUCCAUUGCAUCCACUUUCAUUAAAUAUUCAGACCGCAUAAAUAAACGGGCAAGUCAACACAGAAGCGAGAACUUGUUUGGUUUGGUGCCAGGGCUGUUUCUGGUGCUGAGGCGGCUGUUUCUGCUUCUACCAUCCAGCUGCUGGGUAGAAACAGCGGGGACGUCUUCUUGCUGUGCCCCACGCUCAGACCACAAAUGAGUUAGAAAGAUGUGGAUCAUGUGUAAAGAGUUCAUAAAUCAAAGCGAGAGGAAAAGAGGUCAGAUGGCAUCGCGGCGGAGUUUAGAAAAGUUUGAGGAGGAAAAGAAUUAUGUAGAAGAUCAAAAUGUGAUAAAAGCGGCAGAAUCGUUUCUAGCAUAUCCUAAGCCCUUUAUUAGGGUUGUUACAGACGUAUAUAUCACAAGCUUUUGCUGAUUAACACGCACAUCCUGACAGAUCCGAAAAAGAGUCCGUUUAAUAAGUUGCCUCGGAGUGAAAUCUACUGCAAAAAUAAUGAGGAUGUCUGAUGUUUAGUAUGUAGUAAUAGCAUCUUGCCAUUUUAUUUUGGCUCAUCAAAUAUUAACCUUAGGGGACAAAUCUACUAAAGUUUUUUUAAAUAAUACAUGAUACUAAUAAUAGUACCCUCAUAAUAAAAAUAUUUUCAGUGAAUUUUGCUGUUUUUGUGUAAUAGAGCCCACACAAAGCAGCGCACAAAAUGUGAAGUGGAAGGAAAAUGAUCCCAUUUCCCCCCACGGCAAACCACAUUCCCACCCCCAUCAGAUAGCCUAGCCAUACUUUGAAAAAAAUCCUGCGUUUCCUUAGGGGUAUGUCUCCAGCAGCUUUGCACGUCUAAAGACAAAAAAAAAUUGUCUGUUUGUGGCAAAGUAACUCAAGAUCAAUCAGAUUGGGUGGAGAACUCCCAGCCUGUCCCCCCUCGUGAACUGGAUUUAGGUCAGCACUCUGCACUUUGAGUAAGCAAUAUAAACAUAUGGACAUUGAUCUAAACCAUCUCAUGGCAGCUCUGCCUACUCGGUUUAGGGAGCCUUUCCUGACGUUCAAGUGUUUUGCAGCCUCUAAAUGUUUUUCUUCUGGGAUUGUGCUGCAUUUAGCUCCGUGCACCUUUUCAGAAAACUCUGACCGGCCUCCCUGGCCCUGACGAAGAAAAGCCUCCCCACAGAGUAAUGCUGCCAUCGGCACGCUCCACCAUGGGGAUGGUGCAUUCAGGGUGAUGUGCCACACAUAGCGAUUCACACGUAAGCCGUAAAAUGUAACACUCCUGUCAUAUCUGACCAGAGCGCCUUGUCCCACACGCUCAGGUGGAUCUUGCUCAGUAAGUUUAUCGUUUACAGCUUGUAACAAGCUGCCAACUGUAGUUUUUGUUGCUUUCUUAAAAAAUAUUUUUUCCUCUUUGCCAUUCGUCCACGAAGGUCAAUUUUUUUUCUUUUGCACGAUCAAUAGUUGUGGUAUCAACGGACUCUCCCACCUGAGCUGUGGAUUUCUACAGAGUUCUCUGUUUAAUGCUCUCCUAAAACACGGCCUGUCAGUUUAGGUUGAGCAGUCAUGCCUCGGUAGGUUAACACGUGCCCUGAUCUUCCAGUUUUCAUUUAAUGGACUCAACAGCACUCUUUUAGAUGUCCAAAUCCUGGAAUACUGUUUUAUGCCAUAACCCCGCUUUGAACUUCUCCAUAAAUUUACUCUGCGCACUACUCCUUCAGAUUUUAUUAACAAAAAGGUAAAAAACAAUGCAUCGUUUUCCUACCACGACAUGGUUAUGCACUACUUUGUGUGGCUCUAUAAAAUAAAACCCCAAUAAAAACCGUGAAGCUUGUGUUCAUGACUUGACAAAAACGUGGAAAAGUUCUCGGGGUGUGAAAACCUUUGCUAGGCACGGAUCGUAUUGUCUUUGAGCGGUGAGAACAUGCAUGCAGCAUCUGUUCAACUAGGGUUAAAAGUGCAUCACAAAAAAGUAAAUUUUUUUAAGGCUAGCCCGAAUGUGAGACUGAUUGAUAUGGCAGAAAUUUCCCACAUGGGCUGGACUAUUAUGGCAUCUUAUCCACACUCUCUUCAAAUUACUUUAAGGAAAUUAAAUUCAAUCAGACACCUAAGCAGUCUCAAUCCAUCUGAUUAGUUACUGCCACAGAAAACGAGGUCUGCUAAACCAUAUUUAGAGCAGAAACAGUUGUCCAGAGACCUCUGUGAAGAAGGAAGGCAUUACAUAUCGCUUCUCUCAAUAUGAAAGCUGAAAUAAGGUCAGUUUGUUUCCAAAAAAAGGACCUGCUAUGAAAAUGCCCACCCGGGAGAGAGGUAAUUCUUCACUCUUAGACUUAUUUGGAUUUAUGCUGAUUUAAUUUCUCAGUUAAAGACGUUUCGCCAUCCCACAAACUCGACUCCUACACAUUAGGAAUUCCCUCUGCACAUUACAGGAGAACCACUCAGAACCCAAAUCCUGCUGCCGUCGAUAGGUUCCCUCCUGACACCAACGUCUUACUAUGCAACACUCCUGAAUAACAACACUGAAUAAAGCCAGGCUAUUGGUUCCCCUCUGCUUCCUGUCAAUGUGAUGAGCUCUGGCAUUCCAGGAUUAAAUCUUUCUAAGUGGUCCUGAUUUUUCACCUUCCCAUUCAUCAAAAGGACCAUUUAAAAAAAAAAAAAAAAA